AUGAUGAGACCAGUGUCCAUCAGGGUCUCAUCAUAUUAUGACUCCACAGCAUUAUUGGGAGCUGUUCUCAGGUCAGUGGAGGCUCUGCUGUACAAACUAAAUGGAAGCACUUGGCAGACCCUGAUUCUACACCCUCCUGAUGCCACGGAACCACAAAUGAGACGCAUCCAAACCUGUGACACGAGUACUACCAUGGUUUCAUCAAUGGACUUGACCAAAACGGAAGCCCCAAGCCAUUUGCACAGCACAGGUCCUUGUCUAAGUGAUGUGGACUUAUCCAAGUUAGUCUGCCUAACCCCCCUAUACAAGACCCUGCAAGACAUCCAGCAAUCCUUGCAGAAUUUCCCUCCAGAUCAUCCAGUGCAACCUCUCCCUAACGGGAUUUGUGAUUCAUCCCAGGAGGACCUUGAAGUACGACUAAUUCCGAGCGCACUCGACAGCCUCCCGCCCAGGCACUCGGCCGUUUUUCUGUUCGGUUGCCGAGUGAUGGAGCUGCUGGAAAAAAGUUCCGCCAUGUUCCCCUCCGUGCUCCUCAUGCCGGCCAAGUCCGUCCCAUUUUGGCGCUGCGAUAACAGUCUGCUGUCCCAGUGUUCGGGAGACUUUUAUUUUGACGCCGGCCGUCAAGUCCUUUUCCUGUCAGAGGCCAAGCUGGAACACGCGGGGCAUUUUAUCGCGACCAUCCUUCAAUCCAUGGCCUUUAUAGCAUCAUCAGGGAUCCCAGACCGGAGCUUCACGCGAGCGCUUCAUGAGGCGAUGUCAGCUCUGAGCCUGCAGCUAUUCAACUUAUCUUUCAAGCAGACCACAGCAGAGGGCACGUUGGGCGAGGAAUUUCUCGACUUGAGAGUUGCCAAAGAAACGCGUUUUAGCGAGCAUCUCUUGGCUGCCAGACUGGAAACAUACAAAUACUGUAUGUUAGAGCAGCUCAUUGGAAACCUCAAAGUAAAUCUAAUUGAGGACACCGAGGCGGCAUGUGGGACUCGAGUGGAGGUGGAGGAAGAGAUGGACCGCUUAAAUGAGGCCUUCUUGGAGCUCAGCAUGCAGCUGCACAGCAGAGCUCGUAAGGAUGGAGAAGACCAGUUUGUGAGGGCGGCUCAACCAAGCCUGGGUCGUAAUGGAACAAUGCUGCUGGAGCUGGAGAGACAUUACGUAUCGCAGCGCCUCAAUCAUCUCCAAAUCACAUUAGACCGGAUCAGACAGCAGCAAGGCAGCAGCAGCAGGUCCAGCGAUGGGGUGAGAGGCCGCACACACGCACGCACCGCCGCCGCCUCUCAGAAGGGCCAGGAAAUGAACGUACGUGAUACCUCCUGCAGUACUCCAGCUGGCAGCAGUCAGGGCCAGCAAACAGCAGAGAGUAGAGGUCUUGAUAAGUGUGACCUUGAGAGUAGUAUUUCUGCACAACUAAACGACUAACACUGUCCAGAGCUCAAACUUUGACACACUACCGGACUACCGGAUGCCCAAGAGUCCAGACGUGUUGAAUUGCCCAGUUAAAAAUACACACAUAACAUUAACUCUCAACAUCAAACACACCUACCAUGUCUGACCUAUAAAGAAUAGAGAAAGAAAAAACAAAGUAACACGUUGAGAGUAAUGUUGAAAUAUUUUGAUGAAAAAAUGAGAAUACAUUAGUAGAAAAGCACUGGGUGGACAAAAAAAUCCUGAAUCCAGACAAUGAUUUAGUUCAGCCCCAAAAUCCAAUAACUUGUUCCUUAUCCUAUUUCUAACAUUUCCUGAAAGUUUAAUUAAAAAAUGCCCAUAAUUUUUUUAUCUUUCUUCAGCGUAAUAAAGAAAUGGAGUGAACCUUCUUUUCAGUCAUCUACUGCAGUUAUCUGCUAUCUCUGCCAGGCUGCUGGCAUACACUAACAGAUAAAAAUGUCAAAAACGUCCCUCUUAUUAUUACAACUUACAUAUGUGUUCUCUUAAUAUUAAAAUAAUCCAUUCAUCCAAUGUUAUACCGCUUAUCAACUAAAUAUUCUACUCUUAUGAUAUAUGAUUUUUUUUUGCAAAUAUGCAAUUGUAUUCUUAUCAAAUUAGAUAAUGAUAACCUGUUUUCUUACUGCUAUGCCUAAAUAUGACUACGAAGACCUCGUUGUGCAGAAAAACUAACGUCAUGUUAAAUCCUUGUAGUAAAUAUUGUGAUUGUUGGUCCAAUCCACCCUAUUUUUGUUGUUGAUUUUCAUAAAAAAAAACUACAAGCUUAGGUGUUGUGCAGGAAUGACAAGUGCUUUAUUCUAUAAGGAUUACCACAUUUUUGCGUCUCAAGCCUCAAUAAAAUAUCCUUAAUAGUAUUAAUAAAGUAGAUGAAUACAUCUUGAUACAAACAUUACUAUAGCUAAAUGAGAAAAAAUAUGAACUUCACACCAUUAAAACAACUGCAGACAUGAAUUGUAGGUGAGACUAAUAUUUGUAGCUAGAAAUCAACUGCAAACAAACUUAUAAUUCUCGUUAUGUCACUCCAAUACGUUACUUAACGAUGCAAAAAUAAGUCCAACUUUGUCUUUCACCGAUUAAUGUUUAAUUUGUGGACCCCUCCAGAUGUAAAGACAUGAUGUGCCUCCAAUCUUUUCUUCUCUAAAUACUGUAAGUCUCAAAUGAAGUGAGGUAGCAGUAACCUCUUGGUGAUCAUAAAUGGUUUAAACAUUUUUUUUAAACAUAUUUUUUAAGAGUGUAAAAACCCACUCCAUCCCAUUUUAAGGUUUUUUUUCAGGCUCACUUUUAUAUUUGACAUAUAUUCAAAAGUUAGCCUAAAUCUGCACUGAUUCAGGUAAAUAAACAGUAGCGUAAUGGGGCUUAGACCAUCGCCUGAAACACGGAAGUGCCUCUAGGUCAGGUGUGUCAAACUUACGGAUCAGGCCCGCGAACAGGAUUUUGGAGUUUGCUAAGUAUAAAAAUGUUCCUGAAAUUUUUGAAUGAAUGGAACAGUAGUUUUAAAUGUGUCCACUGGAUGUCCAAUAGCAAUUAUUUGUAUAUUUGUAGAUGAUGCUACAUAUGUACAAAAUAAACCACAUGAUGUUAGUACAUCAGUUGAGGAAAAUGAUUAAACUACAUAAAUAACAUCCUGUCAUUUGAUUUUGAUAGCAUUUUUUUAUCUUGAUGGAUUAAAAAUGAAGACCAAUGAGUUGACUGAUGAACAUUAUCACAUCAUUUAUUCAGAAAAUAUAAAUAAUGACAAAUCAAUUAUUAACCACAACAUGUAAGUGUAAAAAAAAAAAACAACAACAUUAUAAUUUGUACAUUUUCAGAAUGUGCUCGUUCUAUUUUUAAUCAAAGAAAACAAUCUGAAGUUGUCUUUAUUUCUAAGUUAUCGUGCCGUGAUUUUACCAGUCCGGCCCACUUGGGAGUACAUUUUUCUCCAUGUGGCCCCCGAUCUAAAAUGAGUUUGACACCCCCUGCUCUAGGUCAAGUGAUUGCAACCCAGCUAUAGCCUAAUAAAGUGUAUGAUGUGUACAUAUUCAUAAGUACAGUACAUACAAUAUAGUGUAUGUCUUGUCUAGCAUAGCACUACCAUUCUAACAUUGUGUCCAGAUAGUUAGGACUUGCAAGUACUGUACAUACACUAAUUAAGACAAUA